GUAUGUCUUCAUCUCACGUAAAUGCUCCCACUAAAUAUGGAUAGUUAAGAUUUACAAUGUAUGUGCCUCAAGAGCUCAUUAAUGAUGUUCUCUUUUGGACUGUUUUCAGUUUGAGAUCAGAUCAAACUAUACUUUCAUAUUGUUAUAAAAUACACAAAGAUCAGACAUCUACCAUAUUAAUUCAGACCAGACCAAAUCAGACUAAACCAACAAAUUUCAGUCCAAAAGAAAACAUCCUAACUUAUAUACCUUAAAUUCACACAUAUUUUAUCCAUAAUGAUACUACACCGCGUAAUUUCGUUUAACAUGCCAGAAAAACCCCUAAUUGGCAACUUUUUUUCCAUCAUCCCGGGCACGAGUGAUUUCGAGAUUUGUGUUCGUUUUCCCGACCCGAGAUCAGAUCAUCUGGAUAGUGUCCUUCUCACGGGUCCCGCCAUUCCUGUCCUUGUUCCUCACACCUUCCUCUCCCCGGCGGCUAACGCCAUCCACUCAUAUAAACCUCUCAGCCACAGAGUGUUAGUUCUCUAAUAAUGCAACAAAUUUUAUCUCCCAUUAACAAAUAAUUUCUCCACGUGUUUCAGAUGGCACUGGUAAGAGACCGCCGCCACAUCAAACUCAGCCUCCCCAUGCCGGAACCCUCCGACCGCCGGUGUCGCCUCCCCAAACCUCUCCCUCACUCUUCGGUGUCUACCUCAACCGCAGCGUCCUGGUCGAUACUGGACUUCGACAAGCUCCAAGUACUCGGCCAUGGCAACGGGGGCACGGUGUACCAGGUGCGGCACAGGCGGACGAUGACGGUGAACGCCAUGAAGGUUGUGCACGGCAACAGUGACCCCGCCGUCCGCCGCCAGAUCCUCCGCGAGAUUUCGAUCCUGCGCUGCACGGACUCGCCACAAGUGGUCAAGUGCUACGGGACAGUCGAGACGCCCGGCGGCGACAUCGCGAUUCUGAUGGAGUACAUGGACGGCGGAUCCCUAGAAAGUGUCCUGAAAUCGGAGAAAUCAUUGGCCGAGUCCGCCCUCGCGAAAAUCGCGAAGCAGGUACUCAUCGGCCUCGAUUACCUCCACUCGCACAAAAUCGUUCACCGGGAUCUGAAGCCCUCAAAUCUGCUGGUGAAUCGGGACGGCGACGUGAAAAUCGCAGAUUUCGGGGUGAGCAAAAUGAUGCGCCGGACGCUGGACCCCUGCAACUCCUACGUGGGCACCUGCGCUUACAUGAGCCCGGAGAGGUUCGACCCGGAGACCUACGGCGCAAACUACGACGCGUACGCCGGGGACAUCUGGAGCUUGGGGCUGACUCUGAUGGAGCUGUACACGGGCCACUUUCCCCUGCUGCCGCCUGAGCAGAGACCCGAUUGGGCCACGCUGAUGUGCUCUAUAUGCUUUGGGGAGCCCCCGAGUUUGCCGGAGGGAGCUUCCGGUGAGUUCAGAGAUUUCAUGAAUCGGUGCUUGCACAAGGAGUGGAGUCAACGGUGGAACGCACAGCAGUUGUUGCAACAUCCGUUCGUGCGGGAUAUAUAGUGAAUUGAAGUAUUGAACUGCAGACAGAACAGAAAUGUCUUAUCUACUAAAAUUUGUACAGAACGGGAUCCUUUCCAAUAUUUUCUAAUGAAAAUAUAUACAAUUCGCACAUCUAAUUAAGGGAUGUUUAGAAC